UCAUCAAGAGUUCUAUCCGCCCCAACCACAUUCUGCAGCCUCAAGAAAGCCUCUAAAAUCGACCCAUGUCAGGUCAUCGGCUGAAAGUUAGCUUUUGAGUCGACUCAAAAGUCAUCUAGUUAGCUCCGCGUUGUCGACGCUUCCCUGGUCCGCUUGCUUCUGCUCUAGUCACGCGUUUCCAGUCAGCGGGCCUUUGCCAUCCCGAUCUGCUGAUUGUUUCGUUUAGAAGUGUCUUGAUCCGGUCAUGAUAUUCGCCGUCGUCCUUAGUCUAAUACCCGUUAAAAGCGUCCUAUCGUAAUGCGGAAGAAGAUCGCAAAUUCCGAGCUGAUCCUGCGGGAGAGCAUGCUUGAAUGACCCUAUCGCAGAUUAGCGACUCGCCAUUGUCGCUGCUUCCCUUUCACUUGAAGACAUUGGAUCGUCGUAGAUUCUCCAAGUAACGUCCAUCACCACCGUUCGUUCUGCCACUCUCCAAGUUCCUGGUGUACAAUACGCAGCACAAGAUCAUGCUUGUAUCGCAGUAGCCGACAUUGAGGAAGCAUUUUUUUCUGUCUCGAAAUCAGCGACGUUCGUAGCAUUCUAAUCUCUUGUCUGAUCGUGAAGGCAAUUUAUCCUCAAAAUGAGGCUACACCCCAGUAAAGGAGGAGCCGCCUCCUUGAGAGUAGGCUCCUCUCGCGCCGUCUUAGCCUCUCGCGUACCCGUCCCUAAGGGACUCCGGCCAAAACCCCCUCCGUUAAUCGCUCUCUUCACCUCCCCCGCGUUCUUCCGGCUUUUAGUGGUCCUCCUGGCUCUCUCCUUCCUCACCCUAACUGUUCUCUCUUUUGUCGAAAUCGAGGAAGACACUGUCGAGAACGCGAUCACCCGGCAGCUUAUGAGUGCGGACGAAGACGACAAAGGCGGAAAGGGAUCGAGCAAUGACCUAGGGGUUCACCUCGCGAGAGACGAGGAAGAGCUACCUGAGCAGCUGAAGCAGCGGCAACGGCAGCUAGACGGCGGAGACGGCGGAGAAUCGGGGGAAGCGGGGGGAGCGGGGGAGGGGGGCGGGGAGGACGAGUCCGGCGGGGAGUCCGGCGAUCAGAGCGACUCGCUGCACGUGCACGUGCAUCUGAUCGCGUCGUGCGACGUGGAUUCGGUGGAAGAGAGCCUCGACAUGCUGCAGAGCAAAGUGCUCUGGGACGAGCACUACGUCCCGCUCACGGUUCUGCUGGACUGCCACGACCCCAAGUACGAGUCAGCAGUAAUGCUCGCCACUCGCCGCGUGCAGUGGCGCUUUGGGCCGUACACCGUCCGAUCCAACGCCCCUUCCAUCGAAACCACCACCGCCAGAACCGCUGCUGCGGCAGGCCUCAGGGGAGGGAAGGGCGCUGGUGCAGGUGCAGGCGCGGGCGCAGGAAAAGCAGGAGGAGGAGCAGGAGGAGGAGGAAGUGGGGGUGCCGGUGGUGGUGGUGACGGGGAUGAUAGCGGGUGGACUGUUGUGUUUCCGCGAGACCGAGUCACAGCUGCUGUUUUCCAGAGGCGAAGGCUGCUUGGGUGUAACGAGACGGGGGAUGGAAGCGGGAGCAGUGGGAGCAGUUGUGGCAGAAACUUUGGGUUCGGGUUUAACGAAACUGGGGACUGGGUAGAGGGUUUAUGGGCACCUGGAGGGCUUGCACAGGGCCAGACUGAUGUUCUGCUGGAGGGGUUAGGAGAGGGUAGUGUGGGUCUGGGGCGGCACCUGUUAGGUAAAGCGGCAGUGGUGCCAAAGAAGGGCGCCGGUGUCACAGCAAAGGGGGGUGCAGUUAAGGGGGCUGCUGCCAAGGGUGGUGCAGCAGCAGCGAAAGGUGCAGGAGCAAAAGCUGGGGCAGCCAAGGCUACAGCUAAGGCUACAGCUGCUGCUACAGCCAAGGCUACAGCUGCAGGCACCAAGGGAGCUGUUGCAACAGGCGCAAAAGCAGGAGCCAAAGCAAACAGCGGCGGGGGCAAAGCAGCCGCCACUGCCACUGCUGCUAAGUCUGCUAAAACAGCUGCUGCUACAGCCGCUACAACAGCUGCUACAGCUGCUGCUACAGCCGGGUCUGCACCCAGUGCCAGCAGCGAGCUGACAGCCCUGGGCUUUCUGGAUGCCUGGCGGCCGAAGUCUGCCCUGGGGAUCGCCUUCUACCUGCGGGACUCGGCGCGCGUGUCGCCCUUCUUCUACCGCUUCCUGGUCGACUCAGUGGAAAUGCUAGCAGGGGCGGCACCCCCCAGCGACGAUGGCAGUGACAAUGUCGUCGAGCUCUACUCCUCACCGCCUUUCUCCACGCUGUUUGGCAUCAAUAUACUGGACCCAGCUACUGUACCCGUCCCCCAGCAGCCCCCACCGGCGUGGCACCUGCAUCAGUCUCUCACCAUCGACUGCCAGUUCGUCUUCCCAACCCCUUGGGAGGAGAUCCUGCACUGGCGCCGCUCCUUCCCCAAUGCCUCCUUCUCCCUCUCCUCCUCAGUCACCCACCUCAAAGACGCAGCGUUUGCCAUCUCUGCUGUAGCAGCCAGCCGGGAAGGUUCAGUGAAUCUUCAGGGGAAGUUCGGGGGGCGGGGAAGGGCGGAUCUGGGGACGGAUUACUUCACCAAGACGUGUCAGGCGGAUUCGGUGCAGCAGAUACAUUCGUUACUCGAUAGCCACGGGCGGUUUAAUCUCCUCGCGUCGGAUAUUAACGGGAGCAGUAUGUGCGUGUCGCUGGCACCGAUUCGGAAGCAGGAGGAGCGAGUGAAGGGGAUUAUGGCCGCAGCAGCCAAGGGGAGACGGAAACUGAACAAGAAAGAGGUGGCAGAGGUUGAUAAGGCGAAAAAGGCCAGGGAGACGGUACUCUCGAGGCUGUUCGACGACCCGCAUUAUGCCCUGGGGAAGGAAAACCCUAGAGUGGUUCGAGCGCUGGAAAAGAGCGCGGUAAGCGCCGACGCUUUGCUAAGAACGCCCCGAACAGACAUGUGCGGGCGGCACGUGCGGCGGGGGUUGUACGCGCAAGACGUGAAGGGGCUGAGAAAGAUGCUGUCAGUUAUUCACCAUAACAACACGGUAGUGGCAGUGAUGACUAGUGUGGGGUUCGCUGACAUGCUCACCAACUGGCUGUGCUACGUGAAAGAGCUUGGUUUCACUAAUUUCUUUAUCAUUACGACCUCUGCGAAACAGGCUCUGGAUCUGUUUGCGAAAGGGCAUGCUGUGUUUCUCCUGCGCCCCUCGUUUAUCCACCUCAACUCCUCUCUCCCUAACUCCCUCUCCUCCUCCUCUGGUGCGAAUGCGGCUGCUGCUGCGCACUUGAGAGCAGAAGCGUAUUUGCAGAGCGCAGGGGGGACUGGGGGGGGCGGACAGCAGCAGCAGCAGGGGCAGGGUUUACAACAGCAGCAACGUGGGGGUAGGACCGGACGCGCGUUGCUAGGAUUUGAUCCGGCCGGGCUGGGAUUUAUGCAAAAAAGCCAACAGCUAGGGCAUCUAGAGCUAGCAGCCAGCAGCGUAGAGAACAGACAACUAGGGUUCGACGACCACGUAGAGGAAGGAGAGGAAGGCUCAAUGGCCGAAUGGAUGGAGGGUAGGCACGGGAGCAGGGUACUGAUGAGUGCUAGUGGCGGUGGUGGAUCAAGAGGGGAAGGAGGAGGAGGAGAAGGAGGGGAGGGCGGGAAGCGGAAGGUCAAGUGGGGGUCUCGGCUGGUGGCUGCAGCGAAGGCGAUGAAACGGGCGGCAAGGCGGGUGGCGACUGCGUCUGGUCUGAGGCGCACUCCCAACAUCACUGUGCCGUUUUCGAUGGAAUAUGGCGGGAUCGGGUACAAGCAGCUUCUGCUGAAGCGCACGCGAUUGGUCGGCUCGAUUCUCAGGAUGGGGUACAACGUGCUCCUGGCUGACGUGGACGCGGUGUGGCUGUCAGACCCUUUCACUCACAUGAGGAACAAAUCAGUGGACAUAUAUGGGCAGCUGGAGCCCUCUGGCGAGCUGUGCGGCGGAUUCCUCUACCUGCGGUCCACCCCUCGUGUGGUAACCCUAUGGGACCAGAUUACGGGGCUGUACACGCGCACGUUCAACCGCAUGGCCAAGGAGGCGCUGUACAAGAAACCAGAGGAGAUGCAGGCUUGGCUCAAGCAAUUCGAGCAUCUGCACGAGCAGCGGUACUUGAACCAGCUGGUGGGGAAGAGGCGGUCGAAGGUGCGCGUGCAAGGGCUCGACACCCUCAUGUUUCCAAAUGGGAAGGAGUUUUUCGUUCAGCGCGCUCCACAACAAGCAGGGAUCGCACCAGUGGUGAUCCAUAACAACUACAUCAAGGGGAAGAAGGCCAAGAUUCAGCGGUUCAAGGAGUUUGGCUUAUGGCGAGCCGAUCCAACCGGGACCUCGUGUCUUUGCCUCUCAUGUCCAGUGCAGACUGGGGCAGUACGAGGAGCCUUGGGCCGGCACUAGUUAUAUAGCCUUAGCCCAUAUGCAUUGCAUGAAAAAUAGGUGGCUAUAUAUGUUUCCCUAUGUUGGAUGUGAAUGGAAGCGAGGGGCACACUCAAUCGAGCUUCGAAUUAGUGUCGGAACAAUACAAAACAGUUCCUGCAUAAGGCUGAUUGAACGUUAAACAUUUGUCCUUGUAUUC